UCGACUUUGGAUUGCACAAGGGUUUGUUCAGUCAUCAGAUGAAAGUACAAGUUUAGAAGAUAUUGGUGAUAAGUACUUCAUGGAUUUAGUUCAUAAAUCUUUCUUUCAAAAUAUCACCGAAUAUUCUUUCAUUCACGACUUCGUGACUUUCCAAAUGCAUGAUAUUGUGCAUGAUCUGGCAAGUUUUAUUUCAAGAAAUGACUAUCUUUUAGUUAAUAAAAAGGGGCAGCAUAUUGAUAAACAACCCCGUCAUGUCUCUUUUGGCUUUGAAUUGGAUUCUUCCUGGCAAGUUCCAACUUCUCUUCUCAAUGCUUACAAUUUAAGGACAUUUCUAUUACCACUACAUUGGAGUAGUCCAAUAUUAUAUAGUGAAAGUCUAUUGGAAUUGUCUGCUUGUAAUUCCAUUCUGUCAAGUUCUAGGCGAUUUCGUGUGAUGAAUCUUACCAACACAAAGUCAACGAAGAUUCCAUCUAGUAUUGGAAGGAUGAAACAUCUAAGAUAUCUUGACCUUUCUUGUUGUGAUAUGGUUGAGGAGCUCCCAAGGUCUAUAACUGAAUUAAUUAACUUGGAGACUCUUUUACUCAAUUUUUGUUCUAAAUUGAGAGAGUUGCCCAAAGAUCUUUAGAAGUUGGUAAGUCUUCGACAUCUUGAGUUGGAUUAUUGCCAUGACUUAACUUCUAUGCCAAUUGGAAUAGGAAAGAUGACUAAUCUUCAAACACUGACACAGUUUGUGUUAGAUACGACUUCUAGAGACAAAUCUAAAACAAGUGAGCUAGGAGGAUUAAAUAAUUUGAGGGGACAACUCGAGAUAAAUGGCUUGGAACAUCUGAGGCAUUGUCCAACAGAAGCUAAGCAUAUGAAUUUAAUAGGGAAGUCACAUCUUCGUCGAUUGACAUUGAAUUGGAAACAACACAUUGUUAGUGAUGACAAUGAGUUUGAAAAAGAUGAUAUAAUUCUAAAUCACAUAGUUCUGCACUCCAAUAUCAAGGCCUUAGAAAUAAGUGGAUUCGGUGGUGUGACAUUGUCUAGUUCGGCCAAUUUAUAUACAAAUUUGGUUGAAUUGGAGUUAUCCGGUUGCACAAGAUUACAAUAUUUCAAACUCUCAAUGUUGCAUGUUAGACACCUCUACAUGUUUGAUUUGCCAUGCCUAGAGUACAUUGUUAAUGAUAACAAUAGUGAUAACUCAUCAUCAUUUUGUGCGUCACUUAAAGAUAUAUUUCUUUUUGGGUUAACAAAUCUAAAAGGAUGGUGUAACUGUAGCGAAGAAGAAAUCUCAAGGGGUUGUUGUCAUCAGUUUAACAGUCUUGAAAGCUUAUGUAUUUCUGUUUGUUGUAAUCUAGUUUCAAUUCCACAACACACAUAUAUCAGGGAAGUAAUUCUUAGAGAGGUCAGAGAGACGAUGUUACCGCCAGCAGUCAAUCAUUCCAAACUAGAGUCUCUUGAGAUAGAAUCCAUACUCAAUUUGAAAUCUCUUAGUGGAGUCUUUCAACAUCUAGGUACACUCUGUGAAUUGCGUAUCCUCAAUUGCGAGGAGUUUGAUCCGUGCAAUGAUGAAGACGGUUGUUACAGCAUGAAAUGGAAAGAACUCACGAACCUCAAAGUGUUGCAAUUCAUAGGAAUCCCAAAAAUGAAAUAUUUGCCUGAGGGGCUUCAGCACAUUACCACUUUACAAACUCUAAGAAUCAGAAAUUUUGAGAAUCUUACAUCUAUACCUGAAUGGGUAAAAUCACUGCAAGUAUUUGAUAUCAAAGAUUGCCCGAAGGUGGAAGAUCAAUAAGGCUGUUGAGAUGUCCUUUGAAUCAAGAAUGAUAGAAGGAUUAUAACUACUCAAGUCAAAGCCCCUACACAAGCAUAAUAAGUGUCAGAUCUCUUAAAUUUCUCCUAUUUGUUUUAUUAAUUAUAAAGAAUUUUAUGUUGUUGUUUAUCAUCCAUAAUAAUCUACUAUGUUCUUUUUUGUUGGCAGAUUGAAACUUAUGUUGAUUCCAAGUCUCAUUUCAAGUGUCUUUCUCAGGAACCAGAAAGUGUCUUUACAUUUUAAUUUGAUUAUAGUUUGUUAAAAUAGUUUGGUAUUUUUAAGAUGAUAAUUUGUGAUAUUGUAUUGUUCUGA